AGCAAAUCCACACCUUAUUAGCUGGUCAACAGCCUGGUCAAUUUGUUGAAAAGAAACAUUAAAUAUUAAUCACACUUGUCUUCCAUACUUGCUCCUACUCUGAUGAGCAGACAUUGAAUUUCAGGCAUUAUUCCGCUGACCAUUAUUACUUUGCAUUUUUUUAAUUUUCUUUUCAUAUUUGCCGUGUUUUUUUUCAAAAUUUCCUUUUAAGUUAAAAUUUCUUUGGUCCACUAAUUACUCCCUAGUUUACAAUUUUACAACCUUAAUUUGUACGGAAACACUUUGCAGACUCUUCUCCUCUCUCCCUUUUUAUGUACAAAGAAAUUGUACAGCUUUCAUUCUCAAUUCAAGCACUCAAAGUGUUUUGGUGGUUACAUAGUAUGCCUUGUUUCCCUUGCUCGUUUGGUAAAAGAGUCGAGUCUGCUGUCAGAACUCCUGCUGCUGCUGAUGAAGAAUUUGCAGGAGUUCAGAAUGUAAAGCUGUACAGCUACAAAGAACUUAAAGUUGCUACUGAUGACUUCUGUAUAACCAACAAAAUUGGAGAAGGUGGUUUUGGGUCUGUGUAUAAGGGAAAGCUUAAACAUGGAAAGGUUGCUGCCAUCAAAGUUCUGUCGGCUGAAUCGCAGCAAGGGGUUCGUGAGUUUUUGACUGAGAUAAAGGUGAUCUCAGACAUACAGCAUGAAAACUUGGUCAAGUUGUAUGGCUGUUGUGUGGAGGGGAGCCAUAGAAUACUCGUUUACAACUUUCUUGAAAACAACAGCCUUGCGCAGACUCUAUUAGGCAGGGGAAACUGUAGCAUUAAGUUUACUUGGAGAAUACGUUGGAAUAUCUGCGUAGGAAUAGCUCGUGGGCUUGCUUUUCUUCACGAAGAAGUACGUCCACAUAUAGUGCAUAGAGACAUCAAGGCAAGCAAUAUCUUGCUGGACAAAGACCUCACUCCCAAAAUUUCAGAUUUUGGUCUUGCGAGGCUUAUGCCACCCAAUGCCAGUCAUGUUAGUACACGGGUUGCUGGCACAUUAGGCUAUCUGGCUCCAGAAUAUGCAGUAAGGGGGCAACUGACUCGAAAAGCAGAUAUAUAUAGUUUUGGUGUUCUCCUGGUGGAAAUUGUAAGUGGCAGAUGUAACACGAACAUGAGAUUGCCAGAUGGAGACAGAUAUCUUCUGGAGCGGAUAUGGGAAUACUAUCAGCGGAAAGAGCUUGUAGAACUGGUGGAUGAAUCAUUAGAAGGGCACUAUGAUGUAGAGGAGGCUUGCAGGUUCCUCAAGAUAGGCCUGCUUUGCACCCAAGAUGCUCCCAAGCUUCGACCAGCCAUGUCAACUGUGGUGAAAAUGCUAACAGGUGAAAAGUGCAUCGCUGAAAUGAAGAUAACAGCACCAGGAUUGCUCUCUGAUCUCUCUGAAGUUACAAUCCGAAAUACCCACGACAACACUGAUACCAGAACUACGUCUGUUGACAAAGCUUUAUAUUCCAGCUCAGACAGCAUGAACAAUUCAACCUUUUCAUCCGGAGCUUCAACUAGUGCCACAUUGACAUUCACAGCAGUUAAAGAAAGAAGUCUGUAGAAUUCUGGAUUGAAUCUUUCUGAGAUUCCAUGUCAAUUUACUUAAAUUUGAAAGAAUCGAAAAUCAAACAGGUGCACAUAGAUAAGAUUAGUUCAUGUUUUUAGUAAACCGAUGAUGAAAAGCAAUGGACAUGUUUAAAGCUCAGGGAGCUCUUGUACAGCCAAAAUAUUGCAACUAAGAUAUGAUAAGGUCAAUAUUUUUCACUA